UUAACGAGCAAGGGGAGGGGUUUGCAGAUACUGUCUACUAGGAAGAGUUAGGGACUGAUGGCAAAUUUCAAUCUUUCAUUUUACCAUCCGCUCUGAGUUAUGGGAUGGGAUUUACUGUCAUUAUGUAACUUUAAGACUUCGAAAAAUAUUUUUUAAUAGUCACACUUAUUACGUGUUAUUGUGCUUGGCAGUUUUAAAAGCCGCACUCAACCUACGCGUUACUCAACGCACAGUACGACUGUAAAUUGCUGUGGAGCAACGCUCCGUAUUUACUAGAUUACACUCUACGUUCUGUACAUCCAUCGACCUCAUACGUGACAUAGCUGCGCGCGAGGGUUAGAAAGGACAAAGACGUCUCCUACUGGUCCUUACAGCCCAAGUGGCCAUACACUUUGGAAAUAAGCACUUCCGUUUCUCCAUAGCAACACCGUUAUGCGCGCUUUCUCGCGUUUCCAUAGUGACUGAGAAUGGGUCAGCAGUGAUAUGAAAGUUUGGUUGCAGGAAACUACCACUGAUGGAGAUCUGACCCUAAGGGAGUCUUGUUUGUGCGAAGGAAUAAGAUGUCUACGCUAUACAAUUGCAGUCAAAUUUCAGUUAAACUGCUCUCUAACUCCAUUUAUUCUUCUGAAGUCCAAAUCACAUGCAGUUCUGCUGUAUCAAGAUUUAUCCAUUUUUCCUUUUACUGGAGGAGCUGUCCAAUGGGCAUCAGGCGUCCGUUGGAUCUCAUGGACUGAACCAUGCUAUUUAGCCUACCAAAAGUCCCAAAACGAAAGGUCCAGGUAAAUCAAGCAGCAAAGGCAAGAAGUCAAAAAAGUCAAAGAAGACUAAAGCACCAAAACCAGAGGUGGAUAUACUCAGUCCAGCUGCCAUGCUCAACGCUUACUAUA